AUGGAACCGUUAUCUGGAGACAGCAGUGGCACUGCUGCUGCUGCUGCUGUUGCCAGGUGGCUCAAGUCAAUCGACCCACAUACAAUGGACGAGACGCAGAAGGACAAGGGAAGUGGAGAGAAAGCGGUGGAAGGAGGAUCACUAUUGGCUAAGGAGAAGUCGCAGACACAACAACAGCUCCAGCUCCAGCAACAGGAGGAGUCUCUUCAGUUGAGCGCUGGGUCUGCGGUGUUUGGCAGCAGUAACGCUGGCGACACGGGCAGGGGACACUCGGACAAGGAGAAGGAGAAGGAGAGGCAGCCUGCUACGGCACAGUCUACAGCAGCAGUACACAACAGACAAGGCCUGGCUGCGGGUUCUCCCUCGGGGCUGGCAGCUGCUGGUGCCUCCCCCGAACCUGCCACGGGGAACGGGAACGGGAGCGGGAGCAUGAGCAUGAGCAUGCCCACUACUGACGGAGGAGGAGGAGGAGGAGGAGGAGGAGGAGACACUACAACUGCUACAGCUACAACUACGUCUGCUACAUCUUAUACAUCUCCUACAACUCCAUCUCCCGGUACAACAACUACUGCUUCUACUGCAAUCCCUUCCUCCCACUGCGUGUCUUUCUCCUCCCUCUACUCCCUAGGCUCAACCAUCUACUCUGCCACCAGUGACCGCGUACCAGGCACAGGCACCUGCGCCUCAUCCCUCGCAGGUUCCAUAAAGGGCUGCAACAGCAACAGCAACAGCAACAGCAUGGACAAUCCCGAUGGUGCCAGGAGCAACCCCUCUUCAAACCCAAACCAACAAUGCAACAAUACCAAUAACAAUGCCAUUGAAUCAUCUCUCCCAUCAUCAUCACCAUCAACAGCAGCAGCAACAGCAACAGCAACAGCAACAGCAGCAGAUUCUACAUUUUCCACUAUCUCUACAUCGGGCCCGUUCCCCAAUCUCCGUGCCGAUUCAACUACAACUACGGCAGCAGCCACAGAUGGACGUUCCACUUCAAACUGGGUAGUCCGCCCGGCGAGAUCCUCCAGUCGAACGCCAAGGAGAUUUAGCGGGAGCACUGCGGCAAGCAGUGCGAGUGAAGCGGAACCCAAGGUACCUCUCAUCGGGAAAAUCGGCGUCUGCGCUUUGGAUGUCAAGGCUCGCAGCAAACCGAGCCAGAAUAUCCUUACCAGGUUGCAGUCAAAGGGGGACUUUGAGGUUAUCGUUUUCGGUGACAAGGUUAUCCUUGAUGAGGCUGUCGAAAAUUGGCCGGUGUGCGAUUUCUUAAUUGCCUUCUUCUCCGAUGGAUUCCCCUUAGACAAGGCCAUCGCGUAUGCCAAGCUGAGGAAACCCUUUUGUAUCAAUGACCUGCCAAUGCAAAAAGUGCUAUGGGAUAGACGCCUAUGUCUUCGUAUCCUGGACCAGAUGGGUAUCCCUACCCCGAAACGAUUCGAAGUCAACAGAGAUGGCGGUCCAAGAGUCGAGUCCAAAAAGCUUGCCCAACACAUUUACGAUCUUACUGGUGUAAAAUUGGAUGGACCCGAUGAUGGAACUGGAGGUGGCAGCCCGAAAACUCAGUCCGUGACCCUGUCGGAGGACGGAGAAACCCUCAUCGUCGACGGCAAGUCUUUCAGAAAACCAUUUAUCGAAAAGCCCGUCAAUGGGGAAGAUCAUAAUAUCCACAUCUAUUUCCCCAAUGAUGACCACUAUGGCGGUGGCGGUCGUCGACUCUUCCGGAAAAUUGGCAAUAAGAGUUCAGAAUACGAUCCGGAUCUCACCAUACCUAGAUCUAUUCUUGAAAAGGAUGGAAGUUACCUCUACGAGCAAUUCCUAAGAGUUGAUAAUGCUGAGGAUGUCAAAGCUUACACAGUAGGACCUGACUUUUGCCAUGCUGAAACUCGCAAGUCUCCUGUGGUUGAUGGCCUCGUCCGCCGCAACACACAUGGCAAGGAGAUAAGAUAUAUUACCAAACUCAGCAAGGAAGAAGCCACCAUAGCCACCAAGAUAUCUAACGGAUUUGGACAACGGAUUUGUGGCUUUGAUAUGCUUCGUGUUGGAGACAAAUCUUAUGUCAUCGACGUCAACGGGUGGAGCUUUGUUAAAGACAACAAUGACUAUUACGACAAAUGUGCCAAAAUCCUGCGUGAGAUGUUUAUCAACCACAGACUGCGAAGGGAAGGGAAGAAAAUUGACCAUCUACUUGUUGAAACUCACCCGAAUGGUGAACUGCCCACCGGACGCAAGAACAAUGGCGGUUCCCACAGACAAGCUCUCAAGUCCCUUCUCAAGUCACCCAGCAUGACGAGAAUGCAGAACCCAAUAUACAAUCAGAAGACACAUCCAACUGUCUCCAGGGAUUUGGCUUCCGCGACGACAUCCUUCCCAACUCCCAGUUCGGAUGCGAGUGUCUUGGCUUCCAACUUGAAGGGCGUACCUAUCAAGACUGACAGGCGUUGCACCGUUAACACGAGCGAUAGUGCCGGUUCAGCAGUGACUUCUUCGACAGAUACCGUUGUUGCUCCUCCUCCAGCAUCGAAACAUUCCUGGAAACUAAAGGGAAUGGUAGCUGUAAUCCGCCAUGCCGAUCGCACCCCAAAACAGAAAUUCAAGUUUACUUUCCAUACACAACCUUUCAUCGACCUGCUUAGGGGACAUCAGGAAGAAGUUGUCAUCAAAGGUGAGAUGGCGCUGCGCUGCGUUUCAGAUGCUGUCAUGAUUGCGAUGGAGCAGGGGAUUGAGGAUAUGGAGAAAUUGAAGCUUCUUCAGACGUCCCUGCAGCAUAAGGGGAAAUGGCCGGGGACUAAAGUUCAGAUCAAGCCGAUGUUUAGGCAGAGAUAUCCGGAUGAGAUGCGGGAUCGGCUUGCGGCUCCCUCUGGUAACCCGCUAAGUUCGGCUUCCGAAAACUCUAUGAGUUUCAAUGUAUCUAGAGAAGUAACUCGAGAGGGAGGUGCCGAAGCUGCUGGGGAAACGGAAGAUGAAAAUCAAGAGCCAUUUCUCUCUCGAUCGCAAACGUGGAGCAACUCCCUAUCGAGUCCUACCUUUUCGCGAUUUUCAGCGGUGGAGAAUGAUCUGAUUCUCGAUAAGCUUCAACUGGUGAUUAAAUGGGGUGGUGAACCGACACAUGCUGCGCGAUACCAGUCACAAGAUGUCGGGCUUAAUAUGCGCGAUGAUUUGAAGUUGAUGAAUAAAGAGGCACUGAAUGAUGUGAGCAUUUUCACAAGUUCAGAGAGGAGGGUUAGUACCAGUGCCCAAAUAUUCGCCUCCGCGUUCCUGGAUCAGAAGGAUGUGCCUGAGGAUUUCGUACAAGUUCGAAAGGAUUUGUUGGAUGAUUCCAAUGCUGCUAAGGAUGUUAUGGAUAAGGUGAAGAAGAAGCUUAAAUUGCUUUUGAGGGAGGGAAAUUCGGCGCCGCCGCAGUUUGCGUGGCCGAAGGAAAAUUUCCCGGAACCUUCGAUCGUCUUGUCGACUGUUGUUGAGCUGAUGAAGUUCCAUCGAACAGUUAUGAGGUAUAACUUCGCGCGACUGGAACGGGGUGAUGCUUCAGUUUCUCCAGCUACUACCACCACCAUCACCACCACCACCACCACUACGACGACGACGACUGCAAAUGCCAUUGAUAUUCAAGGAAAGACAGACCAGGACACACCGGCACCUACUCUCUCAUCCAUUCAGGGACGCUGGUGCGCGGGCGAAGAUCCGCAGCUGUUCAAGGAGAGAUGGGAGAAACUAUUUGCUGAGUUCUGCGAUACGGAGAAGGUUGACCCGGGGAAACUUUCGGAGUUGUAUGAUAGUAUGAAGUUCGAUGCAUUGCAUAAUCGGCCGUUUUUGGAGUGGGUCUUUUUGCCUCCGGAGAGUAUGCUGCAGACAGGUGAGGCUGGGAAGCAGAUGAGUUUGGGCACGGAUGCGAAGUCUCGGUCUGCUAGUUCGGAGAAGGGGGAGUUAGGUGCCGUAAGGGGACAGAGGUUGUCUCCGUCUGGGCAAGAAGGUGGAGGUGGAGGGGAGGUUUCUGCGGCGGAAAAGGAAAAAGAGAAAGCCGAGGAUAAGAACAACAAUACCUUCGUCCAGCGUCUGGGGCUUAAAAGGAGAUCUGUUGCUGACCUCUCUCUAAUGCAACCGAUGGGUCCACUGGAGGAUUCUUACGAUUCCUAUUUCAAACUUUACGGUGGUUCAAACCAGACGAAAGCCAAGUUAGACAAACGCCUCUCCAGACUCCGCCAACUCUACAAAUUCGCCAAGGUGCUCUUCGACUUCGUCACGCCGCAAGAAUACGGAAUAGACGACGACGAGAAGCUAGAAAUAGGCCUCUUAACCUCCCUCCCCCUCCUCCGAGAAAUAGUCAUGGACCUCGAAGAAGUCCAAGCAUCUCCAGACGCCAAAUCAUUUUUCUACUUCACGAAGGAAUCGCACAUCUAUACACUUCUCAACUGCAUCUUGGAGGGUGGUAUACAGACCAAGAUCGCCCGCCGCGCCAUUCCCGAACUAGACUAUCUGUCGCAGAUAUGCUUUGAGCUCUACGAGGCGUGGGACAGCGAGGCGGCGACGUUUUCGUAUUCGAUUCGUAUCUCGAUUAGUCCUGGUUGUCACACGUUUGAUCCGUUGGAUGUGCAGCUGGAUUCGCGGCAUGCGAUUGGGUGUGCGCCGCGGAGGAGUUUGACAGCGCAUCAGGAUUGGAAGGAGGUUAUUGAAACGUUGAAGGCGAAGUUUGACACGGUCAAAUUGCCCAAGUCGUUCAUUGCAGUGAAUCUCAGCGAUAAGCAUGCUGCGGCGAAGGUUGAUGAUGCAGUGAAGGCAGCGGCAGGGGAGGUGGUUCAGAAGUGA